AUGGCUGCUUGCCUCGGUGAGAGCAAUCUUCCGCGGUUCUCCUUUUUUUGGUCCCGUUCUUCUCCUUGUCUGACGGCGUGAAUUGCUUACGCUUGUCUCCCCCUGAUUUUCCCUUUUCUUUUGAUCUGAGUGUGCUCUGCUUCUAUGUCCGUGUUCCCGGACAGGAACUAUGGAGGUAGCGGAGAGGGAGGUACAGAAGAACUACUGGUCUGAGCACUCCAAGGAGCUCACCUUGGAGGCCAUGAUGCUCGACUCGCGUGCCACAGACCUCGACAAGGAGGAGCGGCCCGAGGUUUCAUCGACCCUGAUCUGCAAAGCAAAGUUUCUUUUCUUUUUCUGGAUGCAUUGAUAAUCACACUCACUAAUCUGUCCUCAUCCGAGGAUUAGUUUUGCAAUCUGCCUUCUUGCCCUCCUUCUGUUUGAUUUAUAGACCGACUCUGUAUAAGAAUUACUCAGUGCUUUACGAUUAUGUUCCCCAUCUUGGAGUGAACUUCGUUAUAUCCCGUGUCUAAGCGUACGUUUUUCCUCUGUUCCAGAAAUGAUCUCCGUUGUUCCUCUGUUCCUCUAUUUUCGAUUUCUCUUCCUUUCCUUUCUCCCGAACUUGGGAGACCGCCUGAACUUUCUCUUCGUCAUCCAAUUUGUCCCACACGUCGCUCAUUUUCUCAUCGAUGAGAGUUCUUUUUUCUUUUUUUUCUUUUUUGGAUCAGGUUCUUUCUCUGCUUCCGCCCUACAAGGAGAAAACUGUCUUGGAGCUGGGAGCAGGCAUUGGCCGGUUCACAGGCGAGUUAGCCAAGGAGGCUGGCCAUCUCUUGGCAGUGGAUUUUAUUGAAAGCGUGAUUAAGAAGGUAUUUAUUGACCUAUACGUGUGUGAGCCUCCGGAUCCUCGUAGUUAAUAUGUCAUAUAAUAUAAUUAGGAUAUUUACAGGAUUAUCUGAUGAUAAUCGGGUACUUUGUGUGCAUUGUGUUCUUGCAGAAUGAGACUACUAAUGGACAUUAUGAGAAUGUUAGCUUCAUGUGUGCCGAUGUCACGUCCUCGGACCUCAAGAUUGAGGAAGAAUCAGUGGACUUAAUAUUCUCAAACUGGCUGCUGAUGUACUUGUCUGAUAAAGAGGUGAUCCGAUGCCUUCAGGCUGGCGUUUUUGCCUCAAAUACGUAUCAUGAUGUCUGUAUUAGAGAACUCAUUAACAUUCCUUGUGAUCUUAAUAUCACUUAGUUGGAGAAUAUAUAAACAAGAGUACCGUUUUAUUUGCUUCGAAUGAAGAGCACGGGGUUGAACUUCCUAAUCAGGCUUUCUGAAAGCAUAUGCUAUUUUCUGUAUAGAUUUGCUCGUAUCUUCAGGCCCAAUGUGGAUAUGCCUAAAACAAAAAUUGGAAAAGUUUAUGAUAUCUUACUUGUCAUCUAGUUGCUUUAUAUUUCAGUAGAAUUAUUCCUUCCAUAGUAGCUCGUGGAAUAUAUAUGGAAAAAAUGGAAUAUACGCUGUCAUAUUUUAAAACAUUUCGUUAUUGUAACUUAUUUAGAGCAUAGUAUUUAAAAUAGACUCUCAAGCUAGUGACUUAAGACAGUCCUGUUUUAGACUUGGAAUUCGUUAUGAAACUGUGCCUUUCACAAGUCAAAUCUUUUUCUCAGUUCAGUCCUUACUUUCUCUAAUUUUCUUUGGGUGAUAAAUCUGAAUGUCUGACUCGUUUCCCUUUUUUAAAUUAUCUGCUCCAGGUGAAGGAAGUGGCAGAAAAGAUGGUCAAAUGGUUGAAGGUCGGAGGGUUCAUCUUCUUCAGGGAAUCCUGCUUCCACCAAUCUGGGGAUUCAAAGAGAAAUGCCAAUCCCACACACUACCGAGAGCCCAGAUUCUACACCAAGGUGAUGUGAUCAUCUCCAUGUUUGUCAAGGAUCAUCUGCUUUGGCAUCAAUGCAUUCUUCGUCAUAUAUCUUGAGAAUUUUCUUAUUUAUUAAAAAAAUAUUCUUCGUCUCAGCUACAGGUAGACAUUGAAUUUUUCACCAUAGUGUCCUGUAAAAAAACUGUGUUAAUUUAUAUCAUAGGACUGCUUAUUUUUCUCCGCUCUUCUUGCUACUGACUUGGGUUUGAUGCAGGUUUUCAAGGAAUGCCAUGUCGACGAUGGCCAAGGAAAUUCCUUCGAGCUGUCACAAAUCACCUGCAAGUGUAUUGGAGCAUACGUGAGGAAUAAGAAGAAUCAAAACCAGGUUUGAUUUCCUUCAUCUCCUCCGUUGGUUUUGUUCCCAUCCCCCAUCCGCGGACCAGAAACAGUUGUGGGGUGAUCGAGUUCAUCUGGGCGCGGUUGCAAAAAUUGCAGAUCUGCUGGUUGUGGCAGAAGACCAGUUCGACUGCGGACAGGGGGUUCCAACGCUUCUUGGACAACGUCCAGUACAAGAGCAGCGGCAUAUUACGCUAUGAGCGCAUCUUCGGUGAAGGUUUCGUCAGCACUGGAGGCGUAGGCAUGCACACUGAUAACUCCCUCACUUGCUCAGACAAAGAUAUAUCCCCUGAACAUAUCAUCCCCCACCCCACACUUGUUUCUCUUCGAUUCACCGCUCACUCUCUCUCUCUCUCUCUCUCGCUCUCUCUGUCUCUCUGUCCCUUCUCAGAAACCACGAAAGAGUUUGUGGGGCUGCUCGACCUCAAGGCCGGGCAGAAGGUACUGGAUGUGGGAUGCGGCAUUGGAGGAGGCGACUUCUACAUGGCCGAAAACUUCGACGUGGAUGUGGUGGGCAUAGACCUCUCCAUCAACAUGAUCUCCUUCGCCCUUGAACGGGCGAUCGGGCGCAAGUGCUCCGUCGAAUUUGAGGUCGCCGACUGCACCAUCAAGACCUACCCAGAUGGUUCGUUCGACGUGAUAUACAGCCGGGACACCAUCCUCCACAUCCAGGUUGCUCCUCCCGUCAGUCAAAUUCGUAUCUUUCUCCUCCGGCAAUGACGCCCUCGGCCUGAAUUUUGCGUCUGCUCUGUGUUGGUGCCUCCCAGGACAAGCCGGCGCUGUUUCGGAGCUUCUUCCGAUGGCUGAAGCCGGGCGGGAGGGUCCUCAUCAGCGACUACUGCAAGAGCCCCGACCCAGCAUCGAGCGAGUUCGCAGAGUACAUCCAGCAGAGAGGGUACGACCUCCACGACGUGGAGGCCUACGGCCAGGUUAGCUCAAAAGUCAGCGCGGUCUUAUAAUAGAGAACUAGAACUCUCUCUCUCUCUCUCUCUCUCCAUGGGGAAAGAUGAAUACAACGAACCCCUCCGCAGAUGCUCAGGGACGCCGGCUUCGUGGAGGUCGUCGCCGAAGAUCGGACCGAUCAGGUUCCUUCCAACGCUGAAUCCCCCCCCCCCCCCUCUCCCGUUGACUUCCUGACAUCCUUGGUUUCGGUCGUUGACUGUGAUGUGGUGAUGUCCUUGUCCAGUUCCUCGAGGUGCUCCAGAGGGAGCUCGACGCCACCGAGGCGGACCAGGAGGCCUUCCUCAGAGAUUUCUCCCAGGUACGACCGUCGGAGGAGACUGAUUACUGCUUCAUUAACCGCAUGAUGUUUGUUUUACGGCCAUCGCCGACGAGCUCCUUCCCCGUGUCGCAGGAGGACUACGACGACAUCGUCAACGGGUGGAGGGCGAAGUUGAAGAGGAGCUCCUCCGGGGAGCAGAGGUGGGGCCUCUUCGUCGCCCGCAAGCCCUGA